GACGUGCAUAGUGCGGGGAGCGGGCUCGAUGCCGUGCCUGCAGCCGCCGCCGCAGCGCGAUGUCGGAGGAGCGGGCGCUCGCCGUGGUGACCUGCACGGCGCCCGUCAACAUCGCUGUCAUCAAGUACUGGGGCAAGCGGGACAAUGACCUCAUCCUGCCCAUCAACUCCUCCCUGAGCGUCACGCUGCACCAGGACCAGCUCAAGACCACCACCACGGCCGCCGCCAGCCGGGACUUCACAGAGGACCGGCUAUGGCUGAAUGGGGAGGAGGUGGACGUGGGGCACCCCCGGCUGCAGGCCUGCCUGCGGGAGGUGCGGCGCCUGGCCCGAAAGCGCCGUGGCAGCAGCACCGAGGACACGGCCCCGCUCAUCCUCUCCUAUAAGGUUCACAUCGCCACCGAGAACAACUUCCCCACCGCGGCCGGUUUGGCAUCCUCCGCUGCCGGCUAUGCGUGCCUCGUGUCGGCGCUGGCGCGGCUGUACGGCGUGGAGGGCGAGCUGUCGGAGGUGGCGCGUCGCGGCUCGGGCAGCGCCUGCCGCAGCAUGCUGGGGGGCUUCGUGCAGUGGCAGCGGGGUGAGCGGCCGGACGGCAGGGACAGCAUCGCGCAGCAAGUGGCCCCCGAAACGCACUGGCCGGAGCUCAGGGUCCUCGUCCUGGUGGUCAGUGGCGAGAAGAAGCAGGUCGGCAGCACAGCAGGGAUGCAGACCAGCGUGGACACCAGCCCCUUGCUGAAGCACCGCGCAGAGGUGGUGGUGCCGGAGCGCCUGGCCCUGAUGGUUCGGCACAUCCGUGAGCGGGACUUCGAGGGCUUCGGGCAGCUCACCAUGCAGGACAGCAACCAGUUCCACGCCACCUGCCUUGACACCUUCCCCCCCAUCUUCUACCUCAACGACCUCUCACGGCACAUCAUCGCCUUAGCACACCGCUUCAAUGCCCACCACGGGUGCACCAAGGUAGCGUACACCUUUGAUGCCGGCCCCAACGCCGUCAUCUUCAUGCUGGCUGACACCGUGGCUGAGUUCGUGGAGGUGGUGAGACGCAGCUUCCCCCCCGCCACCAACGGGGACCAGUUUGUGCGCGGGCUCCCUGUGAGCGCGGCCUCGCUGCCGGAGGAGCUGCUCGCGGCCGUGGUGGCUGAGCCGGUGCCAGGGGCUGUCCAGUACAUCCUGCACACCAAGCCCGGUCCCGGACCCCAGUUCCUGGAUGACCCCAACCUCCUGGGAGCAGACGGGCUGCCCCGCCGGACAGCCUGAGCCCGGUGACACCGCCAGGGACAACCGUGAUGUGCCGGGGGGCUCUGCCGGUGCCACCCUGGUGCGAAGCUGUCCCCAGCCCCGAGGCAGAUUGUGACCCCGGGGCUGGUUUUUACUCUUUUGUAAGGAAAUAGAGAGUUUCUGCUGCA